CCCGGUGGCGGGCCGCUGCUGCUGACGCUCAUGUCCAGUCCGCAGCUGCGGCUGCAGUGCGCAGCCUCGGAGGCGCUGCAGCAGGAGGAGAGGGCGGCGAGGAAGGAGAAGCUCUCCCGGAUAAUUGGCUCCCGGGCGGCCUCGGACCCCGAUCUGGCCGAGGUGCUGGCCGGGCUGCUUGCGGAUCCGCAGCCGUCGCGGACGGGGGAGGAGGCCGACCGGCAGCCGGAGGUGGCGGUGCGGGUGACCUUCACCGCGGUGCCGCUGAGGGUGGGGUCGCCGGAUGGACAAGCUACACGAGAUCCGGCAGAACAUCGCCGCGCACUUCGACUCCCCCGCUGCUGCCGCUGCCCCAGCCAGCCCCUCCUGCUCCUCCUCCUGCUCCCCCCGGGGCGCCUGCGGGCCGGUGCGGGCGGUGCGGCUCAGCUGCACCUCACCCGCCGGGCUGGGGGCGGCGCUGGCGAUGCUGGGAGAGCUGCAUGUGGAGUUCUUCCGGCAGCGUCGCGGCCUCUCCGUGCUGCCGCUGCGACCCGACCUCACAGCCGCCGCCAACUUCAUUCAGGCGCCCCGCCCGCCUGCUCCGCCCGCAGCAGCAGCAGCAGCAGCAGCAAGGAGUGGUGGCGAGGAGGGCGGCGAUGAGGAGGAUGAAGCCGGUGGUGGCGACACUGCUGCCCUGCGGUGGCACCUGAGGCAGCUGCUGGCUGCGAUCACAGCAGCGCCCAGCAGCACCGCCGCCGCCACCACCACCACCACCUCCUCCCCCUCCUCCGCAUGUGGCAAUGGCGGUACCCACGGCCGAGGUGCUGACAGCGGAUGCGAGGUGUCGGGCGGGGGGCUGCACGGGCAGUGGCGCGUACGGCACCGGCUGGCCCUUAACCGCUCAGUGGGGCGCAUGGUGGGGCUGGACGAGUAUGGAGAUGCGGAGGAGGCGCAGUUGCGGGGCGGGCGGAGGAGGGAGGUGGGGGCGCUGGUGCCGCAUGUGUUCGGCGCGCUCAGCUUCUCGCGGCAUGGGGAGGUGCUGCCGGAGCUGUUGGUGCUGGAGUGCGCCUUCGAGCAACCCUCCGUGCUGCUGCUGUAGCUGCGGCUGCUGCUGCGGAUAUGUUGGAGCGCUGCGGCAAUUGAGGCAGUUGCUUUUGAGUGGCCUGCUGGUGCAGCCGCUGCGGCGUGGCUGGUGAGGUGGUGGUGGGCCGUGCGGUACACGUAGCUGCUGCUGCUGCUGUGGCUUGAAGGGGUGGGGGUUUCAUGGUUGAGGGGGGGAACUCCAGUCCCUUGGUGGCUUGUUUGUUCCCUUGUUUGCAGCCUUCAUCGCGUGACUCUGCUUGUCUAUUGGGUUGGCACUUGCUGACGGAGUGUAUCGCUUGUAAAUUGGGUGGGCUGGUUAUCAGUGAAGGGCUGUUGGAACCUGGGUGUUGUUGUUCCGAACGGCUCCCGGCUGUGUGCUUGUGUCGUAUAUCCACGAAGAUACCAUCGCUUGAAGAAACAACUCUUGGUUGUUGAUGCCCUAAACUUGCUGCUUUUUUGUUGAGCCUUCCAUUACAUGCAUGCGUGCUGCUUGCCCUUUGAUGUUAGGGGCUCGCACGCGGGACCUGGAGGAGUAGGCGCGAAGGUGCCGUACAUGGGGUGUAGCCUGCUGUCGGGGCGCGCGGGGUGGUGAGGGAAGAUGCGGUUCGUGUUUGGGAGCCAGCAUACCCGAAAGCCACAAUCGCGUUGCUUCCUGCAUUCACGCACUAGCUGUAUUCGUGCCAGGCGGAGAGCUGGUGGGGUGUUGGGCGCAGGGGUGCACUGCGUGGAACCGCUUCGCUGCCCCCUCCCACAGCGAAGUGGGUUGGGGAGGGGCCAAGUGCCGCUGCAAAGCCGCCACAGCGGUGGGAGCCAAGCGGGUGGGGGAGCGCUCGAGGUGGCUGCCUGUUGGGUGGCUUUCAUAAGUAUUACUAUAUGCAGGAUUGAAGCAAGUAAGGUCGUAUUCACCUCGGUAGCAACGCCUGCACAAGGCAGUGUUCUUGAGUUGCACUCCCGGCCUCGGUUGUGCGUUGGGCUGGAUUUGGGCUUUUAUGCCAUCAUAUUAUGGGGUGCAAAGUUGGACGGAAGAGGACAAAAUCGACUCCAUUCAUUGAUGCGAGGCCGCCGUUAAGGGACUGCUAUAACUGGGGAGCGGUUGCGUACUGACGGGCGCCUGCAUGUGGUGACGAGUGCGCUGCGCCGUACUGCAUUCAGGUGGCUUCCAAUCGGCUCUCAGCGGGCUGACAGCACGGUAAAUAAUUGCGCUGUGAACCUCUGCCGCGAAGGGAAAAAGAAAUUCCAAUGUGUGGUGUGCCGCGAAGGGGGAGGGUUGCUUUGCAGCUGUGACAGGUGUGCGGUGUUGCUGCGGGCAUGCAAGCAUGCAUGCCGGGUUUGUUGGGUGAUAUGUGCUUGCGGCGUUCGGACUGACCGACCUAAGUUGGGUUUUAUUCUUGCUGGGUGUGUUGCCAGGGCGGAAACACGGACACAUGCAUUUUGUCACAUUAUUGAACGCCAAGACAGAAGGCGCGCCUACCGUACGCUAUGUCCGAGGAACGGCUCUGCUUAUUCAUUACCCGUGUCUGCUUGCUGCUGCUGCUGGUCGGGCUCGGACUGCAGGGGCGGUGCGUGCGUCGGUGCGUGCCCUUGUCGUGGGCGCCUUAACCUGCGGGGAGCAAGGAGGCGGGGGAUUCCCGUGGUGUGUGUCCCAUGGGUCUGCUAAUGGGAACCGAUGCCAGCAGCAGCAGCUGGCUAAGGUCUUGCCUUUUGACCUCGGAUGGAGGGCACGCAAUGGGCACACAUGUGGUUUCGUAGUGCAAAGAAGAUGGCUGCAUUGAUUGACGUUACUGCUUCGAGUAAGGACUGCCAUUAGUUGCUGCUGCUGGUGAGGUGGUGGUUGCCAGUUUUAUCUGUUGUCCCAUCCCAUUGAUCUGAACGUGACGUUGGGUUAAGUGGAAAGAUUCGUGGCGGGGUUUUGCUCGCCUGGUUAGUUAUCGCUUGCAUGUUUUGAUACCUGUACGGCUUCCCUUAUCUAUACUGGGUUAAUGGGUCGGUAUGUGACGUUUGAGUCGAACGCUCGGAACAAUCCGCUGCUGCAUUGUGACGACAGCUUGUCCCUGAGUUAGCGCUGCGAUGCAGUGCGCAUGCGGGGCGUGCUGCGGGCCACUGCCGUACUUGCAGGUGUAGUUCCAUGUCGCUGUGAGCAGCUACGUGGAAGCGGGCUUGCUUUGAACGCUAGUUGGCUUUGCGGUUGUGCCGGUAAGGUAGGUUUGGACUUCCGGCCAGUCCUCGGCCAACGAAGGGCGACAAGGGGCUGGGGUGCUGGAAACUAGUGACCCGUGGGCCACACUACAUGCGCGGUUCACGGCGGUCCUACUUGUGUUAAGAAAACUGGCGGUCCUACUUGUGUUGUGAAGGUUAUUCCCCCCACCACACAUUGGAAUUUCUUCCCCCCUCCAGGUUCGCGGUGCCCGAUGACGUGGUGUUCGUGCCGCAGAUCCCGCACAACGCCACGGGCAAGGUGUCCAAGCGCACGCUGAGGGACGUCUUCCAGGCGCACAAGCCCCCGCCGCGGGCUAGGCUGUGAUGAAGGGUGCCUUAGCCGUACCUGUGGGGGCCGUACCUCUGCGGUGCCGGUUUCCACGCCGAAGGAUUCGAGGGCAGGUGCUGUGAUGCAGGAAGGCGCCGCAAGGGCGGUAGUGCAUUGCAGAGGUGGGAAGAAAGAGGCGCAUGGCUAUUGGCAGUGGUAGUGUGUCAAGGUAAUUGCCCGCAAGAUGUAGUGUGUAUGUGUGACAGGUGCACGGCGUUGUACCGAGGCUGUGGGUGCCUUCAGCUCUCGCAUGGUUUGAUGGUGGACAGGAACGUGUCCGGUGUGGCAUCAUUGCCUGGGUGUUGUAAUCUUGCCAGUCCGUUUAACUAUAGAUUAUGCUCAUCGUUACCCUGUCGUAACGCCAAAAACAGUUCUGCAUGGUGCCUUUCUUAGGCUUGAAGAUGUUCAUGCAAAAGGCCGAAGCGAUAGUUGCUAAGCUCGACGCCCGUUUCAAGUGCAU